GAGCACUACUGCCAGUGCAUUUUCGCCUAUUUUCGCUCCCUAAAAUAUUGCUUGUAGCUACGGACGACGAGGAUGGCCCCUACCAAGUCCCGAGAUCCUCAGCCAGUCAAAGUCACAUCCAAACCGACAACUACCAAGCCCGCUCACCGUGAUCCGAUCCAGUUGGGAGCUCAGCCUAAAGCUGAGCCCAAAGAGCCACCCAAUGCCACUGGGCGGCAUGCGACAAAGCAGACAUCGUCUCAGCAAGUUUACACUAAGAAGAUACCACAUCGCUCUGGCAAGCCUAUGAUCAUCAACUGGUUUCAGCGCAAGUUAUCUGCUACUGUAAAGCCGAGCAGGAUUGCAGAUAACGUGUCUGCGCCGGGCACCUCACACAAGGCCCCCAAUGGCAACAACGGUGCAAGCGCGUCUCCGUCUCAUUCUAGGUCGAAUAGUCGUUCGGUAUCUUCUCCUUUGCCGCAAAUCAUGCCAAGUUCAUCGCAAAGACAGGGAGCAAUUGGUAAUGGCAGUCGAAACGGUUAUACCGCCUCUCAACGGAAAACUAUCUCUCUAAAUGGAGAGGGUGAUUUGGAUACUGGGUUCAUAUAUUCAGACGACGAAGAUCUCGACGCGUCGACUUAUCGCUCGUCACUAGCUCGUGACUCCUUUUGGUCUCCUACAAGUGCGCUCGAAGCGGACGAAGAUGCCUCUCUCAGACCUCUCCCCCCCAGCUCACCUCCCUCUCCCUCGCUAUCCCACUCCUCCUCUUCCUAUCUAUCCAAUUCUCGCACCUUCAGAAGCAUCGCCGCAAGCACCAAACCAACUACUGUAUUAAGCGUCGACCUUGGUCCUGCUGGAGUAGGACACAUAGCACAAGUUCCUAUCACACCGGUAUCCCAAGCUAAUCCUCGGUUUUCACCCCAUGUACGAACAUCAUCCACUGGAACAAACAGUGGGUUGAUAGGCAGUGGAGCAUCCGUUACGUUCUCUGCACUCCCGCCCUCCCUUCAAUCAUCUUCUCGCCCACCUUCCUCCCUGAAUUUUAGCUCAUCUACGCCGGUAUUGCUGGGUCCGUCACCUCACGUGCCUGGACUACAAGCCCCUCUGUAUACCGCAUAUCAUCCAAGAAACAAUCCUCGGCCCUCUUCACCGCCCAUGGAUAAUGCUUCUGUUUUGACCCUCGCUUCUUCAGCUUAUGCUAUUUCUGGGGCACGUUUGACAAUGGGAUCUAUGGGCUCAACUGCAUUGUCGGGACUGAUUGGAGGCGGAGACUCGAUUUCUCACUUAGAGGACAGCUUUACCGGAGAUGCAGAAGGCGACGUCAUGAGCCAGUUUGUUCUUGGAGAUGAUGAUCGCCAAGAUGUUGAUGUGGAACGCGACGUAGAUGCCAGUGUACGUGCUCUUCGUCCACGGAGCUCCCGGAGAGGAAGUUGGGAGAGUGAGGUUAGUGGAUGGAGUGCUAGGAUUCUGGGAGCGGGCGGCGCCAUAAGCAUGGGCAGCAAGAGCCUGUGGACAAGCAAUAUUAGCACCAAGACUGGCGGUCCUCUGAGCAUGGAAGAUGAUGAAGCCACCGGCGAUUUGGGGACUUCACUUGAAGAAAAGACACCAUCGGACGGACCAGAUCAAGCUGACGUGCUCGCACCUGACGUGCUCGCGCCCGAGGCGCCUGCCGCACGCGACGGACAGCACUCGACCAAGGAGGCGGUGGUUGAAGAAUCCUCCGAAUCUGUUGAUGAUGUUCCUGCUACCCUCGGCCGGGCUUCAGGAUCCACAACAAUUCAUAAGCUCCCCCUAGCGGAGACCUAAGGCAUGUGCAUGAGCGUGUCGGUGGCCUCACAGCUGAAUGUUUCCCUCUACUACUAGAAUACUGGGAGGCGAUGUCGAUUUUACUCUGGAUCACUGGGGUCAGGCACAACCAGAUGUCACAGCGGCUUUCUUUCUUGCUACUUUAUGUAUGUUCUUCGUUCAUGUUAUACACUGCAGUUACCAUCACUCUCCUUGACGUUGUUCUGAUCAUUGACGCGCAUAUCACUCUCAUUUACAUAGCUCUGCAUCUCAUUCUCUACCAUCUUGUACACCAAAUUUUAUUGUUACGCAUCUGCUCGCCCCAUGCAGUCUUAUAGGACACUUCCGAGUCCUCCGCCGCUAUACACAGCAGCACAGUGCACAUGGGACACCCUGCUGACCUCCAUGAAGUACUAGUACUAUUGUGACACGUUAGUCAUGU